AUGAAAAACCUACGAACUUCGCUCUCGUUAGCCCUCAUUGCUCGGCGCAAUUUCACAUGUGUUACAGACCACUAUGAGCACUGUGUUCACGAAAUUAUUACGCGGCUCACUCAAUUCGAUGCCUCUUUAUCGUGGACAGAGGUAGACAUCCUGAAGGGAAGUCAAGACCUCAUAUCGAAAAUGUGCCGAGAAGAAAAAAGUGGCGACGAUUCACAAGCAUUAAAACUACAUAAUAUCGUUAUUUGGAAUCACCUCGAGUCUUAUUCGAUGGACUUGGCCACGAAGAACGAUCUUUUGAGGACAUUCGACCAACUCGAGAUGCACAACGCCAUUGAUUCGCGCAAAGAAGACCAUAAGAAACCAGUAAUAAUUCAGAACCAAGAAGUCAUUGUUCCAGACAUUUUCAUUAUAAUUCCUGUGAUGAAGUUGGGCAAUACGAUUCCAAAGAUCAAUCCCCAAAUCAAAGAACGCUUCUGGUUUUGCCAGAGCGUCUUCUUUAAAAGAAUUGACAAAAGAGCUGAAUCUUCUGAGUGGGAUUGGGAUCUCGAAGAAUGCCGCAACAGGCUUGCGGAUGUUUAUUUCGAUCCUGAAGUACGAGAAUAUGUCAGUUCUCUCAUGGUGUUCACUCGUUCCCAUAGACUCACAUCUCUAGCUCCACUCACAUCGAGACCCACAUACAAAGGAACUCUAUCGAUUGUGGAACUAGCGAAAGCUUUGGUGGUUUGGAACAACAGGCUAAACUUCGAUAGAUUGUAUGUCACUCCAGACUACGUGAAGGUUGCCUAUCGAAAAGUGUGCUACUGGUUAGUAGACUGGGAAACAAAUCCGACUUUCAUCAGCAAAAGCAAUCAAACUGAGCAUGACAGACGCAUGCAAAUUUCCAUACUCACUGGUGAUUGGUAUGGAAGUGAAUGGCAGAGUGUCAAGAGCUAUUUGAAGGAGAACGAGUCUCACAAGGAUUUUAAAACAACUACGGGCUUUCAAAAUAAGAUCGUUGAAGAUGUCCUUGAUUCUGUACUGCCUCCCUUAUAG